UGAGACGUGAAUCCCUUUACACUGAUGGCCUGGACUGAGUUUCAGCUGGCCUGCUGAAGCUAUGGGGAGCUGUUGGAGCUGUCUGUACAGAGACCCCAUCCGAGACAACCAUCUCACCAAAUUUAAGGUCACCAAUGUGGAUGAUGAAGGUAAUGAGCUGGGCUCUGGGAUCAUGGAGCUCACCCAGACCGAGCUCAUCCUUCACACGCGGAAGAGAGACGCCAUCCGGUGGCCGUAUCUCUGCCUGCGCCGCUAUGGCUACGACUCCAACCUGUUUUCCUUCGAGAGCGGCCGCCGCUGUCAGACCGGGCAGGGAAUCUUUGCAUUUAAGUGUUCCCGGGCGGAAGAAAUCUUCAAUCUGCUCCAGGAGCUGAUGCAAUGCAACAGCAUCAACGUGGUGGAAGAGUCGAUGAUGAUGAGUCGCAGCGGCCACACGCCAGAGAUGGACAUGUCUCGCACGCCACAGACUCCCAACACUCCAGCAUUUCCUGUCCAGGCUUUUCCCAACGGGUACCCCGGUUAUCCAAUCAGAGGUGAUUCCUCCCAACCCUCUCUCGCUGAUGAUCAUGGACACAGUCUCAUGGGUUUGGAGGACCAGACCCACACCUAUGUAAAUACUGUGAGUAUGGAGGGGGAUCUCUCUAUGCGUCACUGUGUGCACUCCCUGCCCGAGGUUCGGCCCAACACUUUCCCCGAAACGACGCGGGGAGCCAUGCCCGUCGGGGGCCAGGGGAAUCCGCAGUCCAACCUGAGAUGCUGUCCCCUCGAGGAGCAUAAAGACCCUCAGGUGUUCUUGCAGCCGUCGUCGCAGGAGGUCAAAUUCAUGCUGGGCCCCACUCCGGCCCAACGCCAUCUCCUGGAGAGGGAGAGGGAGAGAGAGAGGGAGAGGCACGGGCACAAUCCACACAGCCUUCAGCCAGUAGAGGGGGCAACAGGCUCAGAGACGGAGGGAGACGAACCCUCAAUGCACUUGUGCAACUCUCACUCCUACCACCAUUUCCAUCACCACGCGCACCGGCACCCGGGCCUCGAGCAUCCCGACGGUUGCCAAAGCGGCGAGCUCACCUACGAGAAUAUCAACGGCCUCCGGGGCGUCCGGAAGCAGCGUCUGAGUCCCAGCAGCGUGUCGCAGUCUGUGGGUUCCAGCAGCAGCAGCAGUACCGGGGACAGCCACUCCCACUCCCUCCUGCAUUCGCACCCCCACGGCCCGUCGUCGCUCCCCCCGCAGGGCUACGCCUGCGAGAGGGUCAUGGGCGGAGGGCACCGUCGGACAGCUCUGCUCAACUACGAGAACCUGCCCUCUCUGCCGCCGGUGUGGGAGUACAGGGCUCUGCAGCGGGAUGAUGAGCAAGAGGAGGAAGACGACGAUCAGGAUGAGGAGGAGUACGAAGAAGAGGAGGAAGACUUUGACGAGUACGAGUUCUCAGAGGGUCCUGGGACACCCAACGGGUACCACCAGGACAGCCGGGGCAUCCACAGAGAUGCCCUGCAGAACUAUGUUAACACAGAGCAGGUCCAGCCUUCCCGGCUUCGACACGCUUGCCCCCCGCAUCCUCGGCCGUGUCAGCCAGACAGAGGGGGGCGAAUAUUUAGCUUUGAUUUCCGCAGACGAUCGAGGUCGGGGGUCGGGGGCUGCGAGCACAGCCACAUGCCUCCGUCGCGGCAGCUGAAUUACAUCCAGGUGGACCUGGAGGGAGAACCUCCCUGCCAAGGCCUCAGCAGCGGGGGUGUCCAGACCCAGCCACAGCACCAGCGCCUACCACCCAAAAAAUGUGGUCCGCAGGCACCCCGGCGCAGUGAAUGCUACGCAGUCAUCGACCUGAAGAAGACCGCUGCCAUGUCCAACCUGCAGAAAGCUCUGCCCAGGGAUGAUGGGACUUCCAGAAAGACUCGCCACAACAGCACAGACCUGCCUCUGUAAAUGGUGUUCAAACUGA